AUGUCUAGCCUGCCCGAGGCGAACGAAGGGGAGACAGCCAGGGUGGGUGGAGCAGCGCAAAGAGGAAAAAUCACGAACACGGCAGCCGCAGCAGCAGAAGCAGCCGCAGCCGAGUGUCCGGGGAAGGAUGCCGGCAGCUUCGCACACCCGGCGUCGUUGGAGCCGGUCAUCAGCGACGGGGUGUCGUCCGUCUUCAGCACAGGACUGAGCGUGAGCCAAAACACGCAGCCCUCGCAGCAGCCUCUGCCUUCUUGCCUUGCGCUGACUGAGGAGACGCAGGUCGACGACGAUGCCGAUUCGGCCGUGGGCGACAUUGAAGCGCCAUCGUCGACGCAGUCCGUGCGGGCGAGCCUCUACGAGUUUGUCGAGGAGAACGGCCGGACGUUCCACAAAUACAAGCAAGGGAAAUACCUUAUGCCAAACGACGAGGUGAGUCGGCCGUUGCGGGUGCCGGGUUGUGCGACGUCGGGCUAUGCUAAUGCAGACAGAGCGAGCAAGAACGGUUGGGUGAGUGUGCGUCUUUCUGGUGUGCGUCUGCCAGCUGCUGACAGAUCUGCAGACCUGCAGCAUGCGAUUUUCCUGUUGUUGCUCAAGGGACAGCUGGCGCGGGCGCCCAUUGAUGAGCCGAAGCGGGUGUUGGAUGUGGGCACGGGAACGGGCAUCUGGGCGAUUGAGUUUGCCGCACUUCAUCCCGGCUCUGACGUGCUCGGCACCGACCUGAGCCCGAUCCAGCCGGCCUUCGUGCCGCCCAACUGCCGGUUCGAGAUUGACGAUGCCGACGACGAAUGGGCCUACAGCAGCGCGCCCUUUGACUAUGUGCACAUGCGGCUGCUCUGGCACUCCUUCUCGGACCCGCACCGCGUAUUGCGCUCAGCCCUCGACAGUCUCGCGCCCGGCGGCUAUCUCGAGUGGCAAGACUUCCAGGGCCGCUUCCGCGCCGUCGACGACAGCCUCCAGGGCCGGGCGCUCUCGCGGCUCGACGGGCUCUACGUCAAGGCCGGCGCUGCGCUCGGUCGCGACAUGAUGCUGACGCCCAAGAUCGCCGGCUUGAUGCGCGAGGUCGGCUUCGUCGACGUCGUCGAGGAGAAGUACGCCCUGCCCGGCAACACCUGGCCCAAGGGCCGCGAAGCCAAGACGCUCGGCCUCUGGCAGCAGACCAACUUCCUCGAGGGCAUGUCGGCCAUCACCAUGACCGUGCUCACCCGCGGCCUUGGCAUGUCCGUCGCCGAGGUCGAGCUGCUCCUCAUGGAGGCCCGCAAGGACGUCAAGGAUACGGCCGUCCACUUCUACAUGCCCGUUUACGUCAUCUAUGGCCGCAAACCUUUCCCGCAUGAGGUCCGGCAAUAG